AUGAAAUUUAAGAUUGCAGUUGAAGUGGCUCGAGGGAUUGAGUACCUGCAUCAUGGUUGUGACAUCCAAAUCUUGCAUUUUGACAUCAAACCUCACAAUAUACUUCUUGAUGAGAAGUUCGUGCCAAAAAUACCAGAUUUUGGGCUGGCAAAAUUAUGCCCCGCAAACAAGGAGGCAGUGACAUUGACGGCUACCAGAGGAACCAUAGGUUAUGUUGCUCCUGAACUUAUCAAUAGAAGUUUUGGCACAGUGCCUUACAAGGCUGAUGUGUAUAGUUUCGGGAUGUUGUUGAUGGAAAUGGUAAACUUAAACAAAAACUUGACAUGGAACAGUGAUGAAUCUAGUAAGUAUUUUCGAAACUGGAUUCAUGACCACUUGACUCAAUGUAGUGACAUUGACAAUGGAAAUGUUGAUGAAAAUGACGAUAGAAACAUUGGUCGUAAGAUGUCUAUUGUUGCAUUAUGGUGCAUACAACUGAAUCCGGACAAUCGUCCAUCAAUGAAUAAGGUGUUAGAGAUGCUAGAAGGUGACAUCGAACAUCUGCAAACUCCUAAUUAUCCAACGUAUAUGACAGGAAAUGGGGAAGAAAGUUGGACUACAGAUUCAAAUGCUUCCUUAUCAUUAUUGCAUGAUGACAAUAGUAGCAACAUUAUUGAGAUUAUUAGUAACGCUUGA